AUGGGCUCGGGGAUGUGCAAGAACGUCGCGGAAAAAGCCAAUCUAUCACACCCGCUCGUGAUAUACGACAUUCUGGAGGAGACGACACGAGAGAUUCAUGAAAGAUUAGGGUCGCAGCGCACAAUCGUGGCACGAUCAAUUGGCGAAGCGACCUCCAAGGCGGACAUCAUCUUCUUCUCAGUCCCCAACGACGAGGCUGUGCGUGCGGUGAUGGACCAGAUCUUGAAGGCCGGGGUCGAGGGCAAAGUGGUGGUCAAUUGUAGCACCGUGCACCCGGACACAAGUACGCAAGAGGCCGAGGCCGUUGCCGCUGCUGGGGGAAGCUUUGUCGCGUGCCCAGUGUUUGGCAGUGCCAAAAUGGCCGACGCCGGCCAGAUCAUCGCCGUCCUCGCGAGCGACGACAUAGAAGCCGUGGACAAGAUCACGCCCCUAUGCAAAGGGGUGAUUGCCCGAGACGUGAUCGACGUGUCCGGUCGAGGCGGCGCCGCACAGGGCCCCUUGCUCAAGAUCAUCGGCAACAUGUUCGCCCUCAACAUCGUGACGGCGUUGGCGGAAGGGUACGUGCUGGCCGAAAGGGCCGGCCUUGGACCCGAGCAGUUCCACCAAUUCGUCCAAACGCUGUUUCCGGGGCCUUGCGCGUCGUACUCACAGCUCAUGCUCAGUGGCAGCUACCACCGGAGCGAAAAGCCUCAGGGCCCAGCCCUCCUGGCCAGAAAGGACGCCGGGUACGCCCAGCGCCUCGCCCACGAGGCUGGUGUGCGGCUUCGCACGGUGGAGGUGGCCCAGCAUUACGUCGAGGCUGUCCUACAACAUCAAGGCGACGGCGCAGAGCUGGCCGGCGUGUACGGCGCCGCACGUCUAGAGGCUGGCUUGCCAUAUGAGAAUUGA